AAGAAAAAAAAGAUUUAUAGUUUUUUAUUCUUUACUUUGUAGAAUAUAAUAAUGGGAAAACUAAAUGCAACAAUAGUGCUAAUGAUCUUUAUGAUUGUCAUGGCGGUCACAGUAGAAGCAAAACAUAAAAAAAGUUGGAUUAAAUGUUUUCGUGAAUGUUCAGAUUCAAAACAUUGUAAAGAUGAUGACGGUAAUUGCUUUGAACACUGUAAAAUCAAAUGUGGUGGCCCAAAUCCACUCCAUGGUCCUUCUUCCGCUCCACGGAUUUUACAUGAGAGGCCAUCGGUAGAUGUUCAUGGAAGGCAACAAUGAUAAUAAAAAAUUUUGUAAAAGUUUUAUGAUGUUGUCUACUAUUUUUAACCUUAUGACACAAAUUCAAUAAUACAUUUU